GAUGAUGUCUCUGUGGACCAGAGCUGCAGCUCUGUCUCUGCUGCUGCUGCAACAGCUGGUGCUCACAGUCACAGCUGAAGGCACUGUCUACGACCUGCUGGACUCUCCCGACUGCCUGCCAGACCUACUGCAGGGAAAACUGAAGGCCAAAGGUCAAAACGAGGCUUUCCUCCUGUCUUCUUUCAAGCUCCACAACAAAGGGCCCACCUCUCUCUUCAGUGUCAUCAACCCCAAAGACAACAGCAAGUACCUGGACCUCAGCGUGCAGGGCAAACCCAGCAAAGUAACCCUCCGUUACCUGAGGACCGACGGCAGAUUCAACACAACCAGUUUCAACCACGCCCCCCUGGCGAACGGCCACAGCCACCACGUGAUGCUCCACGGCAGCGGUCUGCUGAACGGUUCACCUCACCUCAACGUCUACAUAGACUGCAGACUGGCACACUCUCUGAACGAUCUGCCUGCCGUGUUUGGGUCAAUCCCACCUGGGCCCAACAAGGUGGCCCUCAGGACCCUGCAGUCCAGAGAACAGGAUGAACUCACAGACUUCAAGCUGGUGACCGGGGACACGAUAGACAACGUGGCCACGCUGCAGGACUGUAGCGCUGGUCAGGGUGAAUCUGUGCAACUGCUGGAUUCUGUCAUUGUGACGCGUGAGCGGGCCUCAGAUUUCCAGGAGGCCCGGACGGCAAAGAACGAGGCCACCAUGCAGGAGCUGAGGAACAUGCUGACUGAGAUGAAGGAGAUGCUAAACCAGCAGAUUAAAGAAAUAACUUUUCUGAGGAACACCAUCGCCGAGUGCCUUGCGUGUGGUCUUGGGGGAAGUCCGACCAGCACACGUCCGGCUUCAGCUCCGGCUCAGUUUGUCAUGCAGAGUCAACCACAGACUCAGUGUCUUCCUGGAACGUGCUUCAGGCAGGACAUGUGCAUCCGCUCAGAGUCAGGAGAAAUCCACUGUGCCCCGUGUCCUGACGGGUACACGGGAGACGGCGUGCACUGUGACGACGUCGACGAGUGCCAGUUUAAGCCGUGUUUCCCCGGCGUCCCGUGUGUGAACACCGCUCCCGGUUUCCGCUGUGGGAAAUGCCCUCUCGGCUACACUGGACCUGAAAUAAGGGGAGUGGGCGUGUUCUACGCUAAGUCAAACAAACAGAUGUGUGAGGACAUAGACGAGUGUCAGGGUCCACCUGACAACGGCGGUUGUACGGCCAACUCUCACUGCUACAACACCAUCGGCUCCUUCCGCUGCGGUGAGUGUAGAAGUGGUUUCACAGGUGACCAGGUCAAAGGUUGCCUCGGCUCCAGGCUCUGCCCCAACGGUCAAAUCAGCCCCUGCGACGCCCACGGUAACUGUGUUGUGCAGCGAGACGGCAGCAUUGGCUGUGUGUGUGGUGUCGGUUGGGCGGGUAACGGUUACAUGUGUGGGAAGGACACAGACAUUGAUGGAUAUCCUGACGCUCAGCUCCGCUGCAGAGACAACAACUGUAGGCAGGACAACUGUGUGUUUGUGCCAAACUCUGGCCAGGAGGACGCAGACAGGGACGCCAUCGGGGACGCCUGCGAUGAAGACGCAGACAACGACGGCAUCAUAAAUGAAAAUGACAACUGCUGGCUCAGUCCUAAUAAGAACCAGAAGAACAGCGAUAAGGAUCUCCACGGUGACGCAUGCGACAACUGCAGGACAGUGGACAAUCCCUCACAGGGAGACAUAGACCAGGACGGACUGGGAGACGACUGUGAUAAAGACAUGGAUGGAGACGGCAUCCCAAACAAUCAGGACAACUGCCAGAGAGUCUCCAACCCAGACCAGAGAGACAGAGACAACGACGGUGUGGGAGACGUGUGUGACAGCUGUCCUGAUAAAUCCAAUCCAAACCAGUAUGAUUCAGACAACGACCUGAUAGGAGACUCCUGUGAUGACAACAUAGACAGUGAUGGUGACGGCCACCAGGACACAAAGGACAACUGUCCCUCAGCUAUAAACUCCGCUCAGCUCGACACCGACAAGGACGGAAUGGGAGACGAAUGUGACGACGACGACGAUAAUGACGGCGUGCCGGACGUGGAGGACAACUGCAGGAUGGUUCCAAACCCAGACCAAAAGGACUCUGAUGACAACAAAGUUGGGGAUGCGUGCGAAGGGGACUUUGACAUGGACAGUAUCAUUGACAAAAUCGACCACUGCCCAGAGAACGCUGAGGUCACCCUGACCGACUUCAGAGCCUAUCAGACCGUAGUGCUAGACCCACACGGGGAGUCUCAGAUUGACCCCAACUGGGUGGUUCUUAACCAGGGCAUGGAGAUAGUGCAGACCAUGAACUCUGACCCCGGCCUUGCUGUAGGCUAUGUAGCGUUUAAUGGGGUGGACUUUGAGGGAACGUUCCACGUGAACACGGUGAUAGACGAUGACUAUGCCGGCUUCAUCUUUGGCUUUCAGGACUCCUCGUCGUUCUACGUCGUGAUGUGGAAACAGACAGAACAAACCUACUGGCAGUCUGCGCCUUUUAGAGCUGUGGGCUCACCGGGAAUACAACUCAAGAUGGUGAAGUCUCAGACUGGUCCAGGUGAGUAUCUGAGGAACUCCCUCUGGCACACAGGAGACAUCCCCGGGCAGGUCCGUCUCCUGUGGAAAGACCCCAAGAACGUGGGCUGGAAGGACAAAGUGUCCUACCGCUGGUUCCUGCAGCACAGGCCUCAGGUUGGAUACAUCAGGGCUCGCUUCUUUGAGGGUUCAGACCUGGUGGCGGACACAGGGGUGAUAAUUGACACCAGUAUGAGAGGAGGGCGACUGGGGGUGUUCUGCUUCUCCCAGGAAAAUAUCAUCUGGUCCGAUUUGAAAUAUCGUUGCAACGAUACAAUUCCUGCUGACUAUCAGGAUCACAGUGCCCAGGACACAGAGUGAAGACGGUGAGGAGCAGGGAUCGAGCAAGGGAACAACGCAAGGUCUGCUGAAAACGUGGGACAAAAGGAGCAGAGUUGCUCUGCUGACAGCAACGAGAGGGAGAUCACAAAUUAGAACAGCAGAGAAACUGGGAACAUUUUUCUUAAGAGUGCAUAACAUUGGGCAUUAUAUUCAAACCUUUAAUUCAGUGUGGUGUAACUGAAGCCAAUAUACUCUUGUAUAAAUCCUCA